UAAAAUCUGAGCAAUGCUGGUUUUUCUUGCUUCCGGAGCUUGGAGCUCAAGAAAUUCGUGCGACGAGAGUGAUUUUUGAGUGUGUGCGUCGAUGUUUCAGUGAUUCUUCUUCUCACUUACGACCGUCUUGCGGGAAAUAUAUUCUAGCUCGGGUCGUUUAUGCGCGCUACGACUGUUUGACGGGGGAGGACUUCUGUGUCUCCCGCGAUGAGCAGCACUCAACACCGCGCAUCCCGGUGUGUUUUUGUUGGAAAUAUACCGUACGAUGCAACGGAGGAACAGCUUGUACAUAUUUGCGAGGAAGUGGGUCCUGUUGUAAAUUUCCGGUUGGUACUGGAUAGAGAGACUGGCAAACCCAAAGGGUAUGGAUUCUGCGAGUUCAGAGACGAGGAAACUGCUCUGAGUGCUCGUCGGAAUCUUCAAGGUUAUGAGAUCAAUGGGCGUCAGCUUCGAGUGGAUUUUGCCGAGAAUGAAAAAGGCGGUGGCGGUGAUAGGAACCGAGAGCAGCGCCAAGGCGGGCAAGUUCAGCAACAAGCUGGGUAUAGUACAGAUACACAGAGGCAAGCAGGUGGUCGACAAGCAGGAAGUAAUGUUGAAAUCGAUAGAAGUGGGGAGCCACCGAUGGGUCAAGCGUCUGCGGUUGCUGCCGCUCAGUUUCUUACUGGUACUCUGGGAGGCAAUCAGCAACAGCAACAGCAGUAUGGGGUGUCCAUGAAUGGACAGUCAAUGCCUGUGGCCAAUGGUACUCCCGUCAGUGUGGGCAACGAUCCCUUAACAAGUCAUUUAGCUGGUAUGUCGAAGCAGCAGCUAUACGAGGUCAUGGUACAGAUGAAGACAAUGAUUCAACAAAAUCAACAGCAAGCUCGCCAAAUACUGAUGGCUAAUCCGCAAUUGACGAAGGCCAUCUUUCAGGCGCAGAUAAUGUUAGGGAUGGUUCGGGCUCCGCCAAUGGCUAUGCUCCCUACACAGCAGCAGCAACAGCAGCAGCAACAGCAGCAGCAACAGCAGCAGCAAAGAGCAGCAGUCCCUGCAGCUCCUACUAACCUGAUGCCGCAGCCUCCUCUGCCGCCACAACCUAGACCUGUUCAAACUCCAGUAAUUUCUGGCCAAGUUCAGCAGCCGAAUCCCUUGCAACCAAUCAGUUAUCAUCCCCAGCAAAUGCAGCAGCCACUGCCUCAAGCAACCUUUCAGCCUCAAGGAGGCAUGGUACAGCAAAGCAUGGGGUUGUCCAUGUCUUAUGUUCAACAGGGUGUGCCACCUCCACCAAGUCAGCCUUCUCCUCAACAGCAAUACCAGAUGCUCCAGCAGAGUUCUCGUAUGGAUGGAAGCUCUGGUCCUUCAGUUGGGCAGGCUGGCAUGGUCCCUGGAUCUGAGCCCGUUUUGCCAACGGGUCAAGUUAUGGGACUCGGUGGGAUUCCUCAGAUGGGUAGAAAUAUGCCCAUGGCUCAAGCAGGGCAAGUUAGUGGCAUGGUACCUGGUGCGUCUAUGAAUCAGCCAUCUCCACCUCCAAGCGUACCUUCGAGUAUUCCUGGUCAAGUAAUGCCUGGACCUUUCAUGGGUGCUGGCCCACCCGUGGGUAGUGGAAGCCAGGCUACUCUCAAUACUGGAGUGCCAGUCUCCAGUGGUUCUUCGUUGAUAGGAGCUCCUUUAGUGCCCGACAACCAGUCCCGGCCAAGUUAUGGGAGUCAGGCUGGAAUUCCAGAUUCUUCUGCGUCUGCUAUGCAAUCCCAUGCGUAUGGGCAGCAGAUGCCAAUACAGGGCCAAGUGUCCCAGCAACAACCUCUGCAGAUGACUGGAGAAUUAGAGCAGCAGAAGGCGUUGUUGCAGCAAGUCCUGAGUCUCACCCCUGAACAGAUAAACUCAUUGCCUCCUGAGCAAAGGCAACAAGUUUUGCAACUGCAACAAGCUUUAAGGUCGUAGAUGUUUGCAUUCAACAUAGUUAGGUGGAAGUGAUCUUUUGGUUGCAGCAGUGUGCACCACAGUGGUGGUUUGAGACAUGCUUUGGAAACAUGUACCUUGCCAGUUGCACAUGUCCAUGGAUUUGAGGAUACCAAUUAUAGAUGCACAUCGUCCUACUUUCAAGGAGAAUCACUGAACCGGCAGGCGAAUUGAUACGAGGAAAUGUCACGAUAUCGACGAGUGGGUCAUGGAGUGUUUACUGUUUACAAAUGUGAAUAAUCAGUUGGUUUCAGAAAGUGAGCGAAGCGUUAUGGAUGAGGAUGAGUGAAGCCUGGAAGGAUUUAAAACUGAAAGCUUCACUGAGAACAUUCGCUGAAACCAACUGUGCACAGCGCCAUGCUCCGGUCUUAGAUUCUUAAUCACUUUUACCCGUUCAUACCAUGGCUUGAAUGUAAUCUUGUUCCCAUGAAGAUAUCACAAUACAGUACCAUGUAUAAUUAUGGUGAAGCUUCACAAUCA